AUGGAGGGAGGCGGCAACCCGAGCGUGGGGCAGCGCCAGCUGGUGUGUCUGGCGAGGGCCCUCCUCAGGAACAAUAAGGUGCUCGCGCUGGACGAGGCCACGGUCAACGUCGACAGCGAGACGGACACGCUGAUGCAGCAGACGAUCCGUCACAACUUCAAGGGGUGCACCGUGCUGACGAUCGCCCACCGCCUCAACGAGCUGCUGCAGCUGUCGGCCGGCUUCCUGAUGGUGAUGGUGCACCGGACGGGGCCAGAAAUGGAGCAGCAGCUGCGGGCAGAGCCCAAAGGGACGUACCUGAAAUCUCAACCGGAAGAAGACUCCUUGCGUUUGUGA